AUGUCUGACCUCAAAACCGACUUCGAAGCCGCAGCUGCGCUUGUCAAGACGUUCACGAAGAACCCCACCAACGACGAGAAGCUCGCGCUGUACGCCCACUACAAGCAAGCGACGGUGGGCGACAACACGACGCCCGCCCCGGGCAUGUUCGACCUCACGGGCAAAGCCAAGUGGAACGCCUGGAACGAGAAGAAGGGCAUGUCCAAGGAGGACGCCAUGAAGGCCUACAUCGCCGAGGUGGAGAAGCAGAAGGCCAUCUACGCCUGA